AUGACUUCCCUUUCUGAACACGUCGUUACCUACGGCAAUGACAAGAAAAUCCUCUACUACGCGGCGGGCCCCCUCCAGGGCCCCCUAUUAAUCUUCGUGCACGGCUGGCCCGCUAUCGCAAAGACCUGGAUCCACCAACUGACAGCCUUCUCAGCGCUAGGCUUCCGCGUCGUGGCCCCCGACAUGCCAGGCUACGGCGGCUCGACAUCCAACAAGGUCAUCGAGGACUACUGCCAAGAGUCCAUCGUGGAGGGCAUGGUGGCCUUGCUCGCCGACACAGGCCGCGACGACGCCGUCUGGAUCGGCCACGACUGGGGUUCCGGCUGUGUCUGGAGCUUCGUCGCUCACUACCCCGAGAAAUGCCGCGCCGUGGCCAGUUUGAGUGUGCCGUACCGCUGUGUCGAGCUCGGUCUCGAGGAGCUCCUUAAGUGGUCUAAUCGCGAGAUCUACCCCGAGGACAAGUACCCGCACGCCCAGUGGGGGUACCAGGCCUUCUACGAGCAGGACUUCGAGAAGGCGACGGCCUGGUUCGACAGUGGAGUAGCCGGCUUCAUGAAAUUCAUUUUUGCCAAACGGCCGCUUCCGCAGCUGGGGCAACCGUCGGGGACGGCCAGGACGGUGCUGGACGGCGGCUGGUUCGGCGGCCCGGAAAAGUCGCCUACGCCCCCGGCGGAAGCGGCGUUUGACAAUGCUGAGUUUAUCGCCUCGGACGAGCUGAUGGAUGACGUUAUCAAGGCUAUGAAGAAGACGGGGUUCUUUGGCGCGGAUGCGUAUUAUGCCAACCAUAAGCGCAAUCGUGCGUACAACACGGCCGAGCAUGUGAACCCCGUGCUGGAGAUGCCCGUGUUAUACAUCGAGGGCAAGUUCGACGCCAUCUGCGACACGGCUGUUUCGAGCUUCGCUACGCCCCAGCAGAAGUACUGUAAGAAGUUGACUUCUACCAGCAUUGAUUGCGGGCACUGGAUUCAGAUGGAGAAGCCGGCUGAGGUGAACGCAGCAUUGGCGAGGUGGUUGGCCACGGAGGUCAAGGAGUAUUGGCCUGGUUUUUGGAAGAAUGGGUUUGUGAAGAACUAUUAA